AUGAUACUCCAAGUAGAUAAGCCAAUGUGGAAUCCUGUUCCUUCUCCGUGUAUGCUAUUAAGCUUGUCCUUCACUGUGUUUCAACUGGUUUUUGCUAAGUAUCAUUUUAAUACUUCUGAAACAUCUUCAAGUGCAAAUGUACUUGCCCUUUUAACCUGGAAGGCCAGCCUUGAAAGUGAAAGCCAAUUGCUUCUUUCAUCUUGGAUGAACACUAGCUCAAGUCCUUGCCAUUGGGACUGCAUUCGUUGCGACAACCUUGGACGAAUGACUGAGAUGAAUAAGUCAAAUUAUCUCAUAAAGGGUACCCUUCACCAUCUAGAUUUCUCAUCAUUCUCCUAUCUCGUCAAAAUAGACUUCUCCAUAAACUCACUCUAUGAUACUCUUCCCACCAAUAUAUUCAAUCUUUCAAAGCUGAGUUACUUUGAUUUGGGAUUCAAUGAUUUUUCUGGAACAAUUCCCCCUGAAAUAAGAUUCUUGAAAAGUAUUAAGUACCUUUGGCUCGACCAUACUCGUCUUAGUGGUGUUCUGCCCCAGGAAUUUGGAAUGCUAGAGUCUCUUUUUUUGCUCAGAAUACAAGCAACCAAUCUUACUGGCACAAUCCCGGUAUCUAUUGGUAACUUAUGCAGAUUGAGUCUUCUAUACCUUGAUGAAAAUAAAUUCUCUGGGCAUAUUCCACAAGAAAUAGCAAUGUUGAGUUCCCUAAAAGGUCUCUUUCCGUCAAGAAACACAUUUAUUGGCUCUAUUCUGACUUCGUUUGGUGACUUGACCAACUUAGAGUCCCUGUAUCUUCAUACCAACACAGUUUCAGGAUGCAUACCUCAGGGGAUUUGGUCUCUGACACAUUUGAUGGAUGUUGAUUUAGGAAAUAACAAUUUUGCUGGUCAAAUACCAAGUCCUAUUGGAAAUUUCAGCAAGUAG